AUGGGAAUCUCACAACUUUCACGGCGUAUUGUUCGUGAUACAGCCGAAAAGAAUGAGGAUACGGAGACUAGAGACAUUGGGGCCAGAGGUUCGGCAACUUUAGCCACCUUCCAAGACCAACAGUCAAAGAUUUUGCCUCAUAAAAAGUUAAUGGUGGUGUUUCCCAUCAUUGCCCUGGCCCAGAUGAUUGCGUACUUGGAUCAAACCUCGGUGUCAACGGCAUUGCCGGCCAUAGGAGCUGGACUUGAUAUGGGUACCUCGGUUUCUUGGGUUGCCACCAGCUUCCUCGUCGCCAGUACUAGUAUCCAACUGGUUAAUGGGCGUCUUAGUGAUAUAUUUGGGCGAAAGCCCCUUCUUCUAACAUGCUUAGGGAUACUAGCGGUUGCAGAUUUGUGUGCUGGGUUUUCCACGUCUCCAGCCAUGUUAUUUGCUUUCAGAGCAAUAGCUGGACUUGGAGGAGGUGCCAUAACAGCACUGGUAAUGAUCGUUGCUAGCGACAUCACAACUCUAGAACAAAGAGGAAAAUACAACGGUUUCAUCGGUGCCAUGGUCGGUUUGGGGAACGGACUAGGACCUCUGAUCGGUGGCGCAUUGACGCUGCGGGCCUCAUGGAGAUGGUGUUUCUGGUUUAUUGUUCCCAUUAUUGUCACCGUUAUGAUUGUACUUGCCCUUGCCAUCCCACCGUCCAAUGUCACAGGGGGGAUGGCAUCGAAGUUGCAGAUGAUCGACUGGUUAGGCUUAUUUGUCAGCAUUGCUGCUGUUCUUCUGACAUUGAUACCCCUCUCUCAAGGUGGUGCCGCGUAUGCCUGGAACAGCCCCCUCGUCAUUGCCAUGCUGGUGGUGGGAGGUGUGCUGAUAAUAGCCUUUGUGCUGGUGGAAUGGAAGGUGGCACGACUCCCAAUCAUGCCCAUACGUCUGUUCCAAAGCGAUGCGUCGGCAAAUCUUGUCCUCCUCCAGGGAACCCUCCAUGGUUUUGUGUAUUGGGCAAAUCUAUUCUAUGUCCCGGUGUACCUUCAGAACGUCCGGGGAUAUAACCCGGUAAUGUCCGGCGUGAUCAUCCUGCCCAUGGUGGCCUCCCAUGGAGUUGGAUCCCUGAUCUCGGGGCAAAUCAUCUCAUGGGCUGGUCACUACAAGUGGACCAUUAGUGUUGCCAACUUCGUCUGGUUGGUCGGUGUGGCCUUACAAACCCUCUAUACUCGAACGAGUCCUGUCUGGGCAAUCUGUGUGAUUGGGUUCCUCCAAGGGAUCGGGAUCGGGUGUGCAUUUCAGCCGGGGCUUGUAGCGUUACUGGCCCACUCACGGAAAGCGGACCGUGCCGUAGCAAAUUCCUUGCGGAACUUCCUUCGCAUCAUGGGUGGUUCAGUUGGGCUGACGGUAUCAGGAACCAUCGUAAACAACGUAUUACGCAACCGGUUAGAAGGCGUUAUUCCUGCGGAGAAUAUCGCAAAAAUCACCUCGUCUGUUCACACCCUGUCGACACUCGACCUUACCCCCCAGCAAAAGGAAAAGGUCCUAGAUGCUUACAUGGCAGGCAUGCAUGCAAACUUCAUCAUGUAUGCACCGGUUAUUGGCGUGUGCUUUCUCUGUGCCAUUUUGAUCCAGGAUAACGGGGUUGCCGAGAAGGAUAGCAAACCUGCGGCGAACGAACAGACGCAGGCGAAUGCUGUGGAUACGAGGUCUGCCUGA